AUGUCUCUACCCGUCGCCUCACGGCCUCUAGCCGAUCCGCCAACAGGCGCACUACCUCCUAUCCCCACAAGCAAGGCUCCCAGGAAGAGUCUACCGCAAACUCCAUCAAGAUUGAAGACUCCCUCAAGGCCUUCAGUGUUACCUACUCAACCAACUUAUUCCACUCCUGACCUUUCCAAAGCCAAUGAAAAGCCGUCGGGCAUACCGUCGAAGCAAGUGCGAAAGACGGUCAGUAUUGGCUCAUUUCCACAUCCCCCCACCGCAUCCUCCCGACCUUCCACCUCGGCUUCAAUGAACUCGACCACAUCCAACAAAAAGCGAACGUCAAAUGGCGAUUCAUAUACCGCAAAGACCAGGAAGUCACCCCGAGCCAGUGCUGUCAAUUCGGCCAGUUUUCGAAGCUCCCAAACCCCGAGCCUCUUGAACUCUGCUGGAGAUGGAAUGUCGAUAUCUGUUCGGGCUGGUCAUCGCAUAUCUGACGCCCAGUCCAGUGUACAUUCUCCUCCUCAAAGCAGGAGCUCCUCUGCUAAUGGCUCUUACUCCACCAGCGCGACCACCAUCGAGGAGGGCGAUGAAGAAGGUCGCGGUCGGACCAAAGAUUUGGAUGACUUCCAGGUCGAUUCCAAGCGGAACUCCAAAGGAAAGGAAGUUAAGGGCAAUGUCAUUGUCAGUGUCAGAGUCCGCCCUGAUUCCAAUACCCAGAACAACACUCAAUCUGAGGGGGAAUGGAUGGUCGAUGGUCGUCGUGCUCUUGUGGCCUACCGUGGCAAGGAAGGUGGAGAUUAUCACUACGAUAAUGUCUUCUCUCAGCAUGACGAUAAUGCCAAGGUAUACGACUCAGCUGCAAAGCGACUAGUGCGUCGUGUGAUGGAGGGAUAUCAUGGUACAGUCUUUGCUUAUGGUAUGACUGGCACCGGCAAGACAUUCUCCAUGCAAGGCACCAUGACCAGCCCCGGCGUGAUACCACUCGCCAUCACCGAUAUCUUUUCGUAUAUCCGAGAAACUCCCCAUCGAGAAUUCUUGCUGCGUGUCAGUUACCUCGAGAUUUACAAUGAAAAGAUCCACGAUUUACUCGCCGCGCCGACUGCCGGCCAGCAGGAAGAGAUUAAAUUGAGGGAAGACAGCAAACGUGGAGUCUAUGCCUCACCCUUGAAGGAAGAGAUUGUGCAAAGUCCCACUCAACUGUUGCGGGUCAUUCAUCGCGGAGACAUGUCGCGUCGUACUGGCAGCACGCAAUUCAACUCUCGAAGCUCUCGAAGCCACGCCGUGGUUCAGAUUGUGGUUGAAAGUCGAGAGAGAGUACCAGGAUCCGGCGCCAUGAAUGAGAAUGGAAAGAGAGUGGCGAUGCUUCCUGGUGGAGUACGAGUGUCCACAUUGAGCCUGAUUGAUCUUGCUGGUUCAGAGAGAGCAGCCGAGGACAAAGAGCGCCGUGCAGAGGGUGCUCACAUCAACAAAUCUUUGCUCACCCUGGGCACCGUUAUUGCCAAGCUGUCAGGAAACAAAGAUAAGAAUGGCAAUCCUACCGACAAAGACGGCAAACAUCUGCCCUACCGUGACAGCAAGCUUACUAGAUUGUUGCAGCCUGCUCUUUCAGGAAAUUCUCUGGUCUCAAUCUUGUGUACCAUUCAAAUUGGUGCUGGCCUGACGAUGGCGGGAAACAACCACACGGGGGAGACGUUGAAUACGCUGAAGUUCGCGGCUCGAGCGAAGAACAACAUUGUCAGCCAUGCGAAGAAAGCAGCAGAGGAAGUUGGAAAUGGUGUCAGUGCUGGCCUGUUGGAACGAUACCGAGGCGAAAUCGCGACUCUUCGAGCACAACUAGAAGGUCAACAAAAGUCGGCGGUCGAGAAAGAAGAGAGGCAGCUGGAGAAGGAGGCCGAACAACGCCACGAAGAACAAAUGUUGGAAAUGCAACUGGCGAGAACAGCGCUCAAAGAACGUAUCGAGCACUUGAACCGUUUAAUCUUGUGCUCCAAAUCGACUGGUGUCAACAGUGGCUCAGUAUCCGCACUAGGCAUGCAUUCGCGACUUUCUGGAGGUACAGAAUAUGCAGGAUCCCGUUCUGUACGCUCUUCCGCAAGCCAAUCGACUCUUGGGGUCGGUUCGGGCUUGAAGCGACAUCCGUCUGUGGUAUCUCUGAGCGCUGUGCCUACGAAUUCCGCGCAUAUGUCUACCUUCUCUGGAAUCCCCGACGAAGACGAAGAUGGGGAAGGUGGCUUCAGCGAAGGCAGAGCAACCUUGCAAGCCCAGGUUCGAGCACUGCAAUCUGAUCUUCAGGACAAAACGCGUUACAUUGCAACACUGGAAAAGAGACUGCUCCAAGCACGCCGGUCCAGUCACUCUCGGGUGUCCAUGGCCUUUAACAAGGGUGGCGGAGAUGACAAUGAGGUGCAGAGGAAACUGGAUGAGAAAGACGCGAUGAUCUCCGACCUCCAGAAGACAGUGGCUGCGCUCCGAUCUGCCGUUCGAAAGCGAGAAAUUGCUGAGCUGACGCCGGAGAUGUCAUCCUCGGAAUUCAAAUCGAGUCGCAAUCAAGCGAGUAGUCAUCAGAGCACCAGUAGCAAUGGGAGUGCUCAGGUAGUGACAGUGACGACCCAGCUGUCGUCAGCAGGUCCACGUUCGCCACUCACAGCCAGUCCAAUAACACUCCUCUCGCCACAGAAGCCGAUGGACAAGAAGAAAAAGACGAUGGACGAAAUGUCCAAGAUGCUGGACGAAAUGAUCCAGGAUAAAGUCGAGAACGGGCAAUUAGCCAAAACUCGAAGUUCGUCUGUGCGAGUGCCAUCUCGGUCAUCAUCCAACCCCAAACGGGAAUCUCGACGAACGUCAAGUGCCGGCACUGGUGGGUUAGGAAUAACGCGACCAUCGCUGGGUACUAUGGUCGCAUCGCUACGGGAUCGCGAUUCGACCAUCGAACCACGAAGUCCAAAUUGA